GACUUGCAAAACCCUGUAACAAUGUUUACAUUAAAAACUGGCUUGGAAACCCUGUAAAGAGAUGGUACAUGUUGUAUCUGUAUGCUGCCAUCGAUUCACUAUUUCAAACCCCAGUAACAAUUCGAUUAUAUGUUUUUGUUUAAAAUGUUUCAUUUUUAUCUAAGAGAACGUUUUUAAAUUUGAUUAAUACGUUAUUUCCUGAGACGUGUUGGUUCCUCUUAUGUAAAACUAUUUAGUAGUCUUCAGCACCCAAACAAGAAAAAUAAUGGUACGGAAGUAACGGCAUUUUGUUUUGUCGCAAUCGUAACCGUUUCCAGCCUAAAAAACCGGAAGCAAUGAAAACAUUUAUGGUAAAACUGUCCAACGGCUGUGUGCUGGGUGAUCAUCGUUGCAGACAAGUUGUUUUUUUUUAUGCCAAAUGAAAACAGUUUUGCUGAUGUAACAAAACAUAUCAGGUCCAGGUGGCUGCAAGCGUAUUUUAUCAUCGUCGUGUUUAUGGCGAGUGUCAUUUAUGCAUGUAAGAUCUUGCAUCGCUUUCUUUCUGUUUUGUUGUGUAUGCUUCAAUACAACACACAUCACACUCACACACACCCUCCUGGACUCCAGUUCAGGGUGCGAAUAUAUUUUGUCGGAUGAGAAAGUCGGAGAAAUUGCGUAAUGGUUGGCUGACUUUGGUAACGUGCGGUGUUUUUGUGUGUGUGUGAGAGAGAGGGAGUGUGUGUGUGCUUUUGGAUGUUGUUGUUUUCGAAGAGAUCGCUCGAUCGCACCAAACGGUACAGGUGCAAAUGUCAGCGUGGUGAUCGGUGAAGCAUCUAAGCGGAGAGCAGCAUGGUGCAGUUAAUUAUUGAAUGGUGAUCGUUCGAUUGAUUGAGUACUUCCCAUUCUCACUAAGCUCGUAUGACGAGUGACAUCGAUUUUGCCACGGUUCAGAAAUGCAUCUCUAGAUCACCACAACCAAACCAAACGAAACGACCAUGGACAUGCGGUGUAGCUAUGAUAGGGGGUUUCUUUUCACUUGCAGCGUCUUCGUAUCAUUGCUGCCGUGUGUCAAUCAAAAGAGAUGGUAUAGAAAUGAAACCUCUGGACACUGAAUCGCUCAUUUGUUACUGAACUUGGUCUGUAUAGCAACAAAGUAGUGCAAAUGUUUCCAACUAAUAACAACAUGAUUUGUUAUAAAACUAAAACUGCAAUAUGAUAUAAAACAUUAUUUAGACGGCUUAGUCCAGGCACUUGUGAAAAGAAGAUUAAAUAUUAUUUCGGUAAAAUGGUUACAACAAAGUACAACAAAGAAUGAAGGUAAAACGAACAACAGCAACUACAACAAAAACAUUUUGCGCAGAUAAUAGCGGUGGUGGGUGCAUGCUUGUACCGCUUUUGAAUUUUUGCAACAAUUCGUUAUAGGUCAGGAUGGAUUGGCCACCCGCUUGAAGAGUAUAGAGAGAAGCGGUGAGGUGAGCAUUGCAACAGUGGUACUUUCACUUUAAUUUUUUUUAAUCACAACCAAUCUGAGAGCGCAUGCAUUUUUUCAACCAUAACCAAUCUGUGAGUGUGGUGUGAUGGUGUUAUAGAGGAAACUUUCAUUUUCCCGAUGCUUUGCCCCUUGUUGUUGUUGUUGUUGUUGUGAGGCGAAGUCAGACAAAUAUUAAAUGUCCUAGUAUUAGUAUUUGUAUUUGGCCAAAAUAUUACAUGAUUACUAUCUUUCCUUGAAAUGGACAAACACGGCGAAGGAAAACGGAAUCAGACACAAUCGGAUGCGCUGCCAGUAAAACCAUCUCAAUUGUGAUUUGUAAUUGCGUUUUACCCUUUUCCGUUUAGCGGACCGGAUGCUCACACAGGUUAAUAGCUGGUAGAAACGAUUACUGCUCAAGAACGUAAAGUUCCUACGGCCAAUGCAUAAAGAGCUUGAUGGUCGUCACGCCAAAUUGGGGUUGAAGCCAAUGAUGGUUGAAAUGUGCGAUAGGUUGUUUUCUUCAUUUAGAAGCACGCGUGCUUAAAAUAGUGUUGUAGCUUGUUGUUGAGAGCUUACAAUAUUUUCCCGAGCCAACAGAUCGAGCCGACAGUCUUCCCCAAGUCGUUGGGCGGAGAUUUUGUUAUUUACUUGGGCAGCAGCAAUCAAAACAAAAACACAGCUGAAGAAAACCAUUCCCAGUACGUACGUACGCAAGUGUGUGCGGCAUUACUCACUCCCUCCAUAGGUUUGCUGAUCGACAUCUGUGUCGUUUCAAAUAUCCGCCAGCAACAAACGUCCACAAAGGUCUUCACAAGUCGACGGCCUUUGGAUUGUUGUGUAGUGUUGUAGUGUUAGGCAUGCGCAUCGGGCAGUUUUCUGAAUGCGUGCACCAUUCAUUCAUUCAUUCAUGCUUAGAAUGCAGUUGAGAAUGACGGAGAGAAAUCGAAGAAUCUGGUUCCGUUUGUCGGAGCAGACAAUCACGACGACGGUACGUUUGUCCAUAGGUUAGAGCUUCCGGUGUGAACAAACUAAUUUUAACGCGGUGUGCUUGUGUGUGUGUGUGUCUGUAUGUGUGUAUUAGCGGAACGCACUUUCGCCGUUGUUGUGGUGAUUUAGUUACCGCUGUGGAGAACAGAACAGAGCGCAAAGGACACAGUAGAGGCCAGACCGCCGGAAUUGGAAUAAUAUUUGGUGUGCAUCAUUCUUCAUGCAAGUACAAAUUAGUUGUGGCUUAAAAAAUGGUACAGCUACUCGAGUGCCCAAGCGAGCUGAUGAUGGUUUAGUUAUAUUUUGUGAGUGCAUUAGUCCGCACCAGCCAAUGCCCAAGUCGAAGCGUGAAUAGUGUGAGUUUAAAGUGUGUAAGCAUUGAUAAGAGAGUCGAAGACGCAGCAUAGUUUACAAUAGUGAUGUUCUUUGGUGUUUCUUUGGUUCGAAAGCGCAAUCUUUAUUUGAUACAGCUAAAAUAAUAUUAUCUGCUGCGUAAGAAAAAGUAAUAGUGAUUCUCAAGACGAGAAAAGAACAACUCGAAAUUUAAACCAGUGUUAUUCAGCGGACAAAACAUGUUUCAAUGCAUUAUACAGCAACGUAAUGGAUGGAUCCAUCAACCGAGUCCCGAAUUUCGGGAUGUCUUUCCAGAUAUCAGACAACAGCUGAACGAGCAGCUCAAAUUUCUGGAUGUUCGCAUGGAAGCACAGAUUGCGCUCGUACAAGAGCUGCAAGAUUUUUUUCGACGACGAGGCGAGGUAGAACUUGAUUACAGCAAGAGCUUGGACAAGCUAGCUAAAAGCUUGCAGCUUCGACACAAAGAGCAGCGGCAAAAGCGUGAGCAAUGGCCAAUGUUCUCUUCUUACUCUUGCUGGCAACAGCUUGUCAAUCAAACCAAAUCCCUAUCUAGGGAUCAUGCGGCAAUGUCGGAGAUUUACUCUACACAUUUGGUAGCACGUUUGCAGACAGUGUGGGACGACGUUCAACGUAUCUACAGAAAGUGUCGAGAAAUUGGGUUUGAAACGCACGUUGAAAUAUUGCGAAUUUUACAAGAACUGCACACAAACAUGAAAACGUACCACACGUUGCAAACGGAAGCAAAAGAAGCAGAAAAAAAGUUGCGACUUGCCGAAAACCAGCGGAUGAAGCUGCAGCAGAGUGUGCCGAAAGAAAAGCUGGAGCGUAGCAAAAAGUAUCGUUUGAUCGAGAAAGAGGUACUGAAAAGAAAAAAUAAGUACACAGACGCAAGACUGAAGGCGCUCAAGGCAAAGAACGAGUAUCAGCUGUGCCUGGAAGCUUCCAAUACGACGAUCCACAAAUAUUUUGUCGAAGACUUGAGCGAUCUAAUUGAUUGUAUGGAUCUGGGUUUUCAUUCGGUCGUCUCGCGUGCACUGCUGAUGCACGUUUCCGCAGAUCAGGGUCGUUGUCGAGCGGUGCUACAUAAUGCCGAAACCCUAUCACAUAUCGUCAACUCAAUGGACAGUCGGGCGGACAAACAGAAAUUUCUUGAACAACACAGUGCAGCUUUUAUGAUUCCAAAACGGUUAGAGUUCCAGGGACAGGACGAAGAUGUAGAACCGGAGCUGCAAAAAGCGUUGCAUCAAGAAAUGGAAUCUCGGCUAAUGCAGCUAGAACAGCGCGUGAACAAUUUGCGUAUGGAAUCGGAGGAAAUUUGGAAAACCCUGGAAACAGCUGAAAUCAAUCUGCUUGACAUACUCAAUACUAAGGAUUAUGAUUGUACUAGUGCUUUCGGUGACGGUGCGGUUGCUUUUCAGAAGCCCGAAAAUACGUCCGUAAAACUGCGAUCAGACAAAAAUGAAAUAGAAGAAUUCUACAUAACGAAAAUUCGCGAAUACAUUCUUGCAACAUCGCGAAUAGCGCGGUUAGAUUCAAAAGCAGAAUACCUGCGGAACGCUUUGGCAAAAGAUUCAGCUAUCAAAACAGAUACCCUUACAAAAUCGAACGUCCCGAAACGGAAGCGUAUCGGUCGUAUGAACAAAUCGGGUCGACCAAAACUGUUCGGUGGUUCGCUUGAGGAAUACUUGGAAGUUUCGGGGGAAGAAAUUCCGCUCAUUGUGCGAAGCUGCAUCAGAGUCAUCAAUCUUUUUGGGUUACAUCACCAAGGCAUAUUCCGUGUUUCAGGAUCUCAAGUAGAAAUAAGUAACUUUAAAGAAGCCUUUGAACGAGGUGACGAUCCGCUAGCUGAAAUGACCGAUGCGUCCGAUAUCAAUUCUGUCGCUGGUGUGUUGAAACUGUAUUUACGCGAACUUCGAGAACCACUGUUUCCUUUAAUUUACUUUGAUCAUUUCGUUCAACUGGCACAGCUUGAAUCCAAGCAAGAUAUCGUAUCGGGUAUAAGAAAGUUUUUCCAAAGUCUCCCAAAGUCAGUUGUAGUGGUUAUUCGGUAUCUUUUCGCAUUUUUGAACCACUUAUCAGAAUAUUCCGAUGAAAAUAUGAUGGAUGCUUACAACUUGGCAAUCUGUUUUGGUCCCACACUGAUGCCAGCGCCCGAGGAUAAAGACCAAGUGCAGUAUCAGAAUCAAGUAAAUGAGCUGAUAAAGAACAUCAUUGUCCAUCAUGCAGAACUCUUCCCGAAGGAUCUUGGUGGAAUUCAUUACGAAAAGUUUAUCACUUCAGAAACGUUUGAAGACAUUGAUGUUGGAGACUCACCCACAGAGCAAGUGUCGGAAGAUCCGGAUUCAGAAGUGUAUCCAUCAGAGGAUGAGUCAGACACAUUUGAAGCAAUCGUUCAGUUUGAUUUCAAUGCACGUUCCGAGAGGGAAUUAUCGUUACGGAAAGGGGAUACUGUGAUACUGUACAAUCAGGUUUCCAACGAUUGGUGGCGAGGUGCAGUAAACGGUAAAACUGGACUUAUUCCAGAUAAGUACAUAUCGCUAAAAAUCAAGGAUGAAGAGCGCGAUAAAAGUGAACAUUUGAAAUCUUCCAGUUCAGAAGAAUCCGUCCGAAAGCGUCGUCCCAGUGGAAACAUUUCACUUAACAGUCAACUUUCGAUUUGUACACAAAACUCGAACACCCUCUCGAAUAUAACGUGCGGUAGUGAUUAUACCGCUUCGACUGUAAGCGCUGCAACGGCAUCUGCCGGUGGACACAGUGCAACUGGCAAUGGUGCGACAACUGCAGCUGGUGGUACACCUAGUGGCAGUGGAGCCGCGGGAACUUCUGCCGGAUUAAUUCAAACGUCAUUGCCUUCUCCCGGGCAUCCGCAAUAUCAAACAAUUCAGAAUUCUUCACAAGGAGGCUCAUCUGGCCACCAUUCUACAUCUUCUCAGUCACAGCCUCCACAGCAAUCUAUUGCGAUAGUAACACAUCAGCCACCGUUGCCAUCGACACACCAUGCUCCUCCGCUGAUUGGCGAAAAGUUGGGCAAUGAACGAAAGGAUGCCGACUUCAUACACUAUGAUAGUGUGGAUCACCUGAAAGCAUCGCCAUACAGCUACCACGACGAACCGCACUCGUUCGAAAACUCUUUCGAGUUUGUCGAAGACAUGGCUCUUUUCACAUACGAGACAUCAAAACCAUCGGAACCGAUUUAUGCCGAACCGACCAAAAUUACUACGAACCGCGAGAAAUCACCAGCGGCUGACAGUGGCACAAGCAGCAACAGCAACGAAGAUGAAAUGGAUAGCGUGGAAAUCCGACCCCGGCUUGGCGGAAUGGGAGAACCAUCAGAGCAUAGCAAAUCGACUCUUGGUUUGAAUCGCCGCAGCGAAACGACUCUAUCCACCGGCAAAACAAUCGCUGUUGACGGUGAACCAUCGGCCGUGGAUAACCAAUCCGAUCAAUCCCGACCAAUGCGAAAGUAUCACGCGAAGAGCUUCAGCCUGUCAGAGAACAAACUAUCCCUAGUUGCUGGUGGCGGUGGAUCAGCAACGCUAAAUGUGUUUCAACAGAACCGCGACCUGUGGCAGAAACGCGCUGCACAAAGCUCAUACCAAAACCUAACAACGUCGCGCAUUCUAAGUCGUAACCGAAUUGCACCAGAUUUGGUGAUGGAUCUUCCGCCCUCCGCCAUUAGCAAGGAAACCGCACACGCAUCAAGAGAAUCUUUAGACACCGAGCUAGAGGAUAUGACCUCAGCUGAACGGUUUGCUGCUCAGAACCAGUGUACAUUGAAAAAGAACGAACGAUUUUCGAAUGAAUCUCCUGUGUAUGAAAAUAACACGGUGAAAAAAGAGGUAAAGCUGGAUGUGAAAGGAGCAACGGUGACUGAUAAACCGAAAGCAGAAGUGAAGCCACAAGAAAACAGUAUUAAAAGUUCAAGCACGGCUGCAACUGAAGCUUCAAAAUCAUUAGAAGGUUGUAGUGCUGACGCUGGGAAAGAAGACGAAUCACGAAGAUUAUCAGCAAUUACCGUCCCCGUUGCGUCUUCCUCGUCUACAACAAGUGUGGCCCCAGGUGCGGUCACUGACGUGGCCGAAUUAGAAGUUGCUUCCUCUUCAAACGAAACUGAACUAUCGCUAGCGCCAUCGUCGUUACCGGGAAAAGAACUUAGCAAGAGUCCGAUCCCUGUGCGCAACACACAGAAAUUUGUGUCCCAGUUUGCUGAUUUACAUUUAACUGGCGGCUGUCUGAUGAAGUCAACCGAAGGGACGUCGGCAGCAAGCGCCUCUUCCAUGACGCAGGAGCAACAAGCAAAGAAUCUGAGCUCAUUCAAACCGCAAGUAAAAGUGAAGCCACAAAUACUGAAAAAGCCCCAGGUGCUACCACCGCAAACGCCCGAAAUGCAACGCCGCAAUGCAGACUAGAAGUGGGCUCUGUUCUCACGCUCUAAUACGUUCAACAUGUAAAUAUGUGUGCACGUAGCAAAUGGAAGCGAUGAGAACAUUAUCACCUGAUAAAGCAUGGCGCGGUCAGGUUGAGAUGCGCAUCGUCUUUCUGUAUGGUGUUUCUGAUAUACACGGUGAAUGCUACUACAGAAAGGGAAACGCAUGAGACUAACAGACAGAAUGCGUACGGUGUGAAGCGUAAAGAGAUUGGCAUGAAAGUGACUGAUUGCAAAAUGAUGCAAAGUGUACAACCUUUGCAAGAACCUUGACAAAGUAAACAUUACACAUACAUCCAUUUUCCGAGGAUGUGGUAGUCCGAUCGCCAUGAAUGAAGCCAUGAUGGAACCUUUUGGUUUGGUAAUUAGGCGUGAUCAAAGUACAGCGCAUUGUUGGUAUUUGUUGCGGAAUUGAGCAUGAUGCGCAGGAAUGGAUUGAGUAAAACACCAAUAUUUCGAAUAUAUACAUUGAUAAGUGAAAAGUUUUUAAUAAUUAAGACUGGAUCGGUACAAUACACAAUACUCGUAAAACAGGCGAAAUGAAAGCAAAGCUAAACAUUGCACACAUUAGCUAAAAAUAUUACCAUGGAUUUGUAGUUCGUGCACUCAUGCGCGAACAGUGCAAACAAGAAUGCAAAAUGAAGCGAGAAUAUGGCGAGCAAAGCUGGUCGGCGCGGUGUACUGUGUACCCAUGUACACCAACACCAUGCGGACCACACACACACACACGUAUAUGGUAGUGGUGCCUUUUUUACGUAUUUGGUUAAUCUGCGUAGCAUAUUUUUAUGCUGCGUUAAUGAUUUUUCUUCAAUUACGAGCAACGAACAAAAUGAAAGCUUACUGGAAUGAGUAUAUUAUUUAACUAUGUAUGGGUUGUUCUUUUCUCCCAUUGUGUGUAAAGCCGUACUGUGUUUUAAUGGUACCGUAUAUUUUGUUGAUUUAACAGUUUCAGUGACGGCUAUCUUCUUCACAAAGUUGCCGUGUACACCACUUUCGGCGACAGAAACUUCAAUCUGAAAGAUAAAUAACAGUGAACGGGCGAACAUUGUUCAAAAUAAACCAUUCUAGACGAAAACCAACACGAAAACAAGGUGCACACGAAACGAAAUGUAACCAGAACCAGCAGAGUAGAGUCUGAACGUAGUCUGUAGUAGGUCCAUGAUAUUUCGAUCAUAUAGUAAAGCGUAGAAGUAGUUUGAAAAAAAAAAGGAUUCAGCGGAAACACAGGACAGGGACGAUAGAGCUAAGAGCAAAGGUGAUUAUGAUAUAAUAACUAGCAAUCCUAAUCGCAAACAUUAUACGACUGAUAAUACAACCACACGCACAAGGCGCGAUAUUUUUGAUUACGAAACAAAUACGGAUAGUGGGUGUGGCAGUCAGCAUCUGGCAGUAAAUGAAAAAAUCUUUUUUUUUUUAUUUAACAACAAAACAAAAGGCAUCAUUUACGAGUAUACGUAACACAUUCGCUAAAUUAUAUUUUCAAUACACACAGAACAGAAGUCCUCCUCUGAUUUUUCCUCUCUGGUAUCGUUGUUGUAACGUAUGAAACACAGUAAUUGCAAUCUUAUCGUAUUUAAUAAUGCUUGACAAACCAAACUCACUUUUACACUGAGCGCAAAUCAUGUAUGUCUGUCUGUGUGUCUGUGUGUGUGUGUGUGUAAAGUAAUUCUAACAAUUUCAUCGUCAGCAUCAUAAAAGUAAUCUCCAGCAAACAGCAAAUUCAUCGCUAUUAAUAAAUAGUGCAUUGUGUUACAAUAAAACACACCCAUACGACUAAAAACAUAGUUUCCGCUACACGCAACUACGCUCUAUCGCAAGCAGAGAAAGAUAAACAUAUAUAUAUACAUGAACGUGAAUCAAUAAUAAUCUCUUGCUAUCUUCGAAUCCCUGGUACGACGAUUUACAUAUAGAGCGAGCGAGAGAGAGAGAGAGAGAGAGAGAGAGAGAGAGAGAGAGAGAGAGAGAGAGAGAGAGAGAGAGAGAGAGAGAGAGAGAAAGAGAAAAUGUUAACUAGACUGCAGCAAAGGUACAAUAAUGUAACGCCGUGUAGUUGCGCCACACACCAGACCGUAUCGAUUCCGAAGAGAAAAUUUCGUUUCAACAAUAAUUGAAAUAGGUUUCGAUGGCAGCGAUAUCUGAUUUAUUUUCUUUAUGCCAUUGCAAACAUUUAGACCUGUAUCAGUUUUUGAAUAAAGUAUCAGUUCUGAAAUAAUGUACCUACGAUGUGGUGAGAAGAGAUUGUGCAGGAGGUUUUACACGAUGAUCUCUAUCGUCCGCUGUUCAACGUACAGGGUUUAGUUAAUAAUAAUGCGUUGGUUGAUCAUGAGGGCAUCAGCACAAUGGUGAGAUGAUCAUUAAACGGAAUGCCAGUAACCAGAGAGAAAAAGAGAGCGAGAGAGCGAGAGAGAGAGAGAAUAUGACGGUCGGAGAGCUAGAUUCGUUUGGAUCCGGCGGUUGGAGAAACAUGUCCACACACACGGGCGUAAUGGAAAAAGUUUUUCUAAUUUUCUUAAUUUUCCGGAACCUGCGUUACAGCGUAACAGGGUGUGCUAAUAAUACACUACCACACUGAUAGGACUUUGCACAAAGAAAAGGAAAUGGAAGAGAGAAGGGGGUGGGUUUGCGAAACCAGUGCAGUAGUGUAGCUGCAAGCACAAGCAAAGCAAAACGAAGUAUAUAACUAUAAAUACAUACUUCCGCAGAUUAAUUUACACCUAAUGGGAUGCGAGGUGAAUCGAAGGCAUCAAUUAUAUACAGAAUAAAUGUGACACACUAAUGAAACCAAACCAAAUGGACCAAUUUCAAUUUAACCAAUUCAUUAUUUCAACCCUCUUCGUAGCAAGCCAUGAGUUCAAGUUGUGAUCGUUUUCACCGAACGAAUAGUAUUGACUGUCAGCAUUACUAUUGCCAGUGCAAUACCAUACAGUGCGAUGUUCAAAGCAUUUUGCCGCUGUUUUGCCGGUAGUUUGCGCAAGGGGAUUUGUUUAUACUGGUAAUUUGCAUCACCCAGGAUCGGCCAACCGUUGGCCACAGUUUGGAGACACGUCCUAGCGCGUUUGGCGUUCAGUCAUCGGUAACAUAUCGCUCGUUAUCUACGCAUUAUCCUGUGUGGUAUGAUAGUAUGGUGCGUCGAAUAGGCAAACUACUGUGUGGAUUUGUUAUAGUGACCGUACUUUACCCUAGCAGUGUCUCGGGAAACUCCCUAAAGGAUGGAUUCUUUCAGCAAUUGUUUGAAACUCUGUUUCGCUCUGAAAGCAACACAAGACCCGCCACGGAACCCAUCUUCAUAACGCGUAACGACACGUUGGAAACUGCAGUGAUGAAUGUAUCAUCAUCAUCAUCAUCAUCAGAAACAAGCGAUCAUGUUUCGCGUGCAGCAAUUAUCCUGUCCGAACCGGUUAAAAAUGGUACGCUCCUCCUGGAAGAUGGCUCAUCUAAAACACGUCCAGAAACACAGUUUGGUGAAAUGACGGAUCAAGCAGGACAUGCAAGAAGCUCGGCCGUUGCAGAACGUACCGUGAACUGAAAGAAACAUAUUCUAAGUGAUUACAGCAACGACCGAGAAUGUUAGCGAACAGUAAGAAUUAUUGAGCUUUGAUUAUAGAUUAAGAGCUUAGAAUGAGGAUAAAAAAUAAUCUCAUUUACUCUAAAAGAGAUGUGAGAUGAGUAAUAUGUCCAGUAACAUUCAAAUAAAGCUGUUAAUUUAAUCAAAUAUUCGUGUGUUGUUGAUGAAGCUUGGCAUGUGUGUGUGUGUGUGUGGGGGGGGGGGGGGGGGCUGAUAUAAUUUCGAGGUAAUUUUGGACGCUACUGUCCUUGUCUGCUGUUAGUCAGACGACGGCGAUUUCGUCAACGAAAGUGACACCCAAUUGCUAAUGAUUGUGUGAAAUGUGGAACAAACAAUACACUAGUUCGAAUCUGUCGAAAGCUUAAUGUCGUGUUGUCGCACUGCCAUUCGCUUCAGUUGCAUAUUGAGCGCUGGAGAAGAAGGUCUCCAAAUCCCGAACUUCCUGAUAAAACAACAUUCUAUCACUAGCAUGUAUUCAAGACAGCUUACGGUGUGCUGGAUGGUGGCAGGAGUACUAUUGCUCUUCCAUGGAACAACUGUACAGCCAGUGGCGUGUGAAUCAGAAACCAGUGGAGGAUUUUUUGCCCAUCUGUGGGAUUCGAUCUUUGGCUCGAAGCAACAACCAUCGCCCAGCAACAAUUCAACUGCCGUGAAAAACGAAACUGAUUCGUCGCCUUACAACGCAACAACUGUAUCUACUACCAUCAGUAGUAAUACUACAUCCGUAUCCACGGAAUCGCCGGUCGAGAAUGGUGGAAACGAUACUACUACAACAGCAACAGUUACCACUUCGGCACCCACUUCCAGCUCAGACAAGAGAACUACAGAAAGUGACAAGACGGGUAAAACGGAAUUGAACGGAACUGAUGUAUCAGCUCACACAGAAAAACCGCUAUCCAGCGAAGGAACGACGAUAGCAUCAAGUGUGUCCACGACGGAUAGCAAUGGCGUAACUACUAUUGACAAUGCUACGAAACAGGCGAAUACUACUACCACUACUAAUACUACCAGCACUACAACCACUACUACUAUGGAAACCACCUCUCCCGGAAGCAGCACAGCAGCGGAAUCUACGACGGCUACCACGACAACACAAUCUUCGAAGUCGGCACAAUAGGCUUUGCUUUUCAAAAGCUUCAUUUGAUUGUAUUUUUGGUCUAUGGUUUCGAUGUGCUGAAUUUGAAUUCCUGUACUUAAAUUAAGAAAAUAAAACGAUCGAAGUGUUUUUAAACAGA